AUGGAGCUGCGCCAUGUUACAACUGCCCCUUUCCUGCUCUGUUCGAGAUCCGUCUCGACCGCCCCCUUGGUUGUCGAGAAGGGCGUUGGAACUGCAGCUCCGUCCACCUUGGCAGCUCUGCCUACGCCAGUCCUCAUGAGGUCCCUUUUGGUGGCUGCCAUCUCUUCCAAGCCGAUGCUCCUCGGCCCAUCACUCUCGGUCCUGUCGUUCCUCACACGACCGAACAGAGGGUACUUCACCGACGUCGACCGGAACCCGGUGCUCCACGCGCUGUUGAAGGGAGUCUUCUACAAGCAGUUCUGCGCGGGGGAGACGCCGAGAGAGGCGAAAGACACCAUGCGCCACCUGCGGUUCAUGGGCUUCCGCGGCACGAUCCUCACGUACGCGAAAGAAACCAUUUUCGAUGCAAAGACGAACACGGAGCACGGUCUGGGCAUCGACUCGGAGGAAGACGCCGCGAAGAAUGGCCACUGUUCCACCAUCGAGUCGUGGAGAAAAGGGGCCUUGGAGACGGUCGACCUGCUCAGCGAUGGAGACCAACUGGCCUUGAAACUCACAGGAGCCGGCCCUCGCGUCACGGAAGCCUUCGCGGCCAGACGGCUGCCGCCGCAGCAGAUGAUGGACGCCCUCAACGAGAUCUGCCAACGGUGCAAGGACCGCGGCGUCCGCCUCCUGAUCGACGCCGAGUCCCAGCACUUCCAAUGGGGCAUCUUCCUCGCCGGCAUGGAGCUCAUGCGCAAGUUCAACCGCGACGCCGGCCGCGCCACGGUCUACAACACCUACCAAGCGUACCUGAAGAGCACGCCGGACACCCUCGCCGGGCACCUCGAGGCGGCGAGCCGGGAGGGCUUCACGCACGGCCUGAAGCUGGUCCGGGGCGCGUACAUGAGCACUGACGAGAGGUCGCUGAUCCACGACACCAAGCGGGACACGGACGAGGCCUACGACGGCAUCGCGCAGGGGGCCCUCAGGCGCCGGAUAGGCGAGUUCGGCGCGCCGGGCGGGAAGCCGUUCCCGUCGCUCAACCUCUUCCUGGCGAGUCACAACAAGCGCAGCGUCGUGGCGGCCCACGAGAUGCACCGGCAGAGGCUGGCGGACGGGCUACCGACGGUGCCGGUGGGGUUCGCGCAGCUGCAGGGCAUGUCGGACGAGGUCAGCUUCUCGCUGCUGCAGAUGAAGGAGGAGGAGGGGGGCGGGACUGGAGGGCAGGGCCGGGACGCGUCGCCGCAGGUGUGGAAGUGCUCGACGUGGGGGAGCGUGGGCGAGUGCGCGGCGUAUCUGCUGCGGAGGGCCGUGGAGAACAGGGAUGCGGUCUCGAGGACGGUGGACGAGUACGUGGCUCUCAAGACCGAGGUGGGCAGGCGGUUGAGGUCCAGGUUCGGCCGGUCUCGGCAGUCUGUAGGGCAGUGA